GCGCCAACAUUCUCGACAUAGUGUACACGGUCAGGGUACACUCAUUGCCAGCCCACGUCUUCAUUGAAACAGACAAGUCUGCUCAUCCCCAACUGAACAGUAUUCCUCCGCCGAGUGCUUGUGUUUCCCAUAAGAGGUCAAUGCGCCGGGAAGGUGUCGUCUGCUGCUCGUUGCUUCCGCUUUGCCGUGUUACCAACUAUCUCCGUUAGGACCAGGUUCAGCUUUGGACACUUGGAGACGCAUUCCUAUAAGCCAUGACAAAGAUCACGAUACUCGUCUGUGGAGCCGGAAGUCCGGCUCACGUGAUAGCAGGUCUCGCAGCUUCACGCGAGAAUAUAGAAUCGAGAGUGCUGUCCCUUUUCGAAGAUGAAGCCGAGAGGUUUAGUAACGCUCUGAAGGAAGGGGACUUGAAUCUUUCAAUCAACGAAGGGGAGGAUGAACCAAGAAUCGUCAAAUCCAAGCCGAGAAUUGUCACGAAGGAUCCAGCCAGGGCUGUGAAAGGUGCCAACUUCGUCAUCUUGACCGUGUCGCCAGGGGAACAAGAGGAAUACCUACAGGCCAUAGCACCUCAUCUGGAAAAUGAUACAACUAUCGUUGGAUUCCCAGGCCAUGCUGGCUUUGAGUUCCUAUGCUUUGGCACACUGAAGACCAAAGCCAAGAGAUGUGCUGUUAUUAGUUUUGAAUCCAUGCCCUACGCUUCCCGGAUAAGAGAGUUUGGGAGGAAUGUUGCAAUUCUAGGUAUUAAUGAAAUCGUUCGGGGAACUAUGGUCAGAGGUAAAAGCAAGCUGCCUUAUGAUCCAUUCGGGGUUCUACAACAUGUUCUAGGAGAGUUCCCAGCACUUGAGAGGUAUGGCAACUACCUGGAACCGCUGCUAGCCACGAGCACUAUCGUUAACCCAGCCAUUAUGUUCGGGAAAUGGAGGGACUGGGAUGGAACUCCACUGGACUCAAAACCUAUGUUCUAUCAGGGAAUCACAGAACAGGAUGCCAAGUUCCUUACAGGCAUCAGCGAGGAAUGCGUAGAGAUAGCCCAAGCCAUCACCAAAAAGAACCCGAAGAUUGAACUCAAUUGGGUUAUUCCCCUUUACGACCUCUUCAUGGAAGAGUACAUGGAUAAUGUUGAAGACUCCAGCAACCUUCUAAGUUUGAUGAAAACGAAUUCUGCAUAUGAAAGUGUUUAUCAUCCAAUGACCAAAACAGAGGACGACAAAUUUGUUCCCGAUUUUACCUCCAGAUAUCUAACAGAAGACGUGCCAAGAGGACUGGCGAUCUCAAAGGGUAUUGGUCUUCUGGCCGGAGUGAAAACUGUUCUGCAUGACAAGGUUUUGGAAUGGUGCCAGGAGAAGAUGGGAAAGGAGUAUCUAGUUAGGAGGAACAUGAAGGGGAAAGACAUCGGAGAAACAAGAUGUCCUCAAAGGUUCGGGUUCGAGACCCUAGACGACCUUCUGAACAUUGUGUAAAACACAAAUCAUUUACAUGUACCAGUUAUUGAGAAUGUGAGGCUGUUUGGUUGAAUGCAUGCUUGUUCCGAAAAUAUUUUGAGAUGCGAAUAUGACAAGUUUCAUGAUAUAUAGAAGUGCUAUAAAUUUUAUCACAAUUCCUGGUUAGGAUUAUUGAUUAUGAUUAAAAUAGGAUUAUGCUUAUAUUUGGAAAUCAACCGAGUUUUGCUCAAAAGUUAUAAAUGGAUAUAUUUAUUUUGUGCAAAAUACAAAUAUAUUUAA